AUGAGCGAUCAAGAAUCUGUUGUUUCAUUCAACUCGCAAAAUACUUCGAUGGUGGACAUUGAAGGCCAACAACCCCAACAGUAUGUUCCCACUAAAACUAAUUCUCGGGCGAAUCAGCUGAAGUUAACUAAGACCGAAACCGUGAAGUCGUUACAAGAUCUAGGUGUCACUUCAAAUGCUCCAGUGCCCGACAUCAAUGCACCACAAACUGCCAAGAAUAAUAUCUUUCCCGAAGAGUAUACUAUGGAAACUCCAUCUGGACUAGUUCCAGUGGCCACCUUACAAUCCAUGGGUAGAACCGCUACUGCUCUUUCUCGCACUAGAACAAAACAAAUGAAUCGUACUGCUACUAAUUCCUCAUCCACAGGAAAAGAAGAAAUGGAAGAAGAAGAAAUCGAGGAACGCGAAGACCAGAGUGGUGAGAACGAGUUGGAUCCCGAAAUCGAAUUCGUUACAUUUGUCACUGGUGAUCCAGAAAACCCCCAUAACUGGCCUGCGUGGAUUCGUUGGUCCUACACAGUCCUACUGUCCAUCCUGGUCAUUUGUGUUGCCUACGGUUCCGCCUGUAUUAGUGGUGGUUUAGGAACUGUCGAGAAAAAAUUUCAUGUCGGUUUGGAAGCUGCUAUUUUGUCGUGUUCUUUAAUGGUUAUCGGCUUCUCGCUGGGUCCUUUAAUUUGGUCUCCUGUUAGUGAUCUAUACGGUAGAAGAGUCGCUUACUUCGUUUCUAUGGGUCUUUAUGUCAUUUUCAACAUUCCUUGUGCUUUAGCUCCCAAUUUAGGAUGUCUUUUGGCCUGUAGAUUUUUAUGUGGUGUUUGGUCAUCGUCCGGUUUGUGUCUAGUCGGUGGGUCUAUUGCUGAUAUGUUCCCAAGUGAGACAAGAGGUAAAGCCAUUGCCUUCUUCGCCUUUGCUCCUUACGUUGGCCCUGUGGUGGGCCCAUUAGUAAAUGGUUUUAUAUCCGUUUCUACCGGCCGUAUGGAUCUGAUCUUUUGGGUUAACAUGGCCUUUGCGGGUGUUAUGUGGAUGGUGGCCUCUGCUAUUCCAGAAACAUACGCUCCUGUCAUCUUGAAGAGAAAGGCUGCCAGAUUAAGAAAAGAAACUGGUAACCCAAAGAUCAUGACUGAACAAGAAGCACAAGGUAUUAGUAUGAGUGAAAUGAUGAGAGGUUGUUUGUUAAGACCUUUAUACUUUGCUGUCACUGAACCUGUUCUGGUUGCCACUUGCUUUUACGUGUGUUUAAUUUACUCUCUAUUGUAUGCGUUCUUCUUUGCCUUCCCUGUCAUUUUUGGUGAGUUAUAUGGUUACAAAGACAAUCUUGUGGGGUUGAUGUUUAUUCCAAUUGUUAUCGGUGCCUUGUGGGCAUUGGCUACAACAUUCUACUGUGAAAACAAGUAUUUGCAGAUUGUCAAACAACGUAAACCCACUCCAGAAGAUCGUUUGUUGGGUGCCAAGAUCGGUGCUCCAUUUGCUGCCAUUGCUCUUUGGAUUUUAGGUGCUACAGCUUAUAAGCACAUUAUUUGGGUUGGUCCUGCUUCCGCUGGCUUAGCUUUUGGAUUUGGUAUGGUGUUGAUUUAUUAUUCAUUGAAUAACUACAUUAUUGAUUGCUAUGUCCAAUAUGCAUCCAGUGCCUUGGCCACGAAAGUUUUCUUAAGAUCAGCUGGUGGUGCCGCAUUCCCAUUGUUUACCAUUCAAAUGUACCACAAAUUGAACUUACACUGGGGUUCUUGGUUACUGGCUUUCAUAUCCACUGCUAUGAUUGCCUUGCCCUUUGCAUUUUCUUACUGGGGUAAGGGUUUGAGACAUAAAUUGUCCAAGAAAGACUACUCCAUUGAUAGUGUUGAAAUGUGA